CUACACUUUAAGCAUUAUCACUUGUACAUAUUCCUAAAUAUAGCCGAGCAUGUCGUAAUUCGACAACGUGAGUUGGGCUGCGGUGGAUCUAGCCAUGGAGAAGACAGUGGCAGUGCAAGAUGCACAAACGGGUACUUGAUGCACCACGAACAUGCGCUUAAUGCUUAUGCUCGUGUUGGCGGCAGGGGAAUGGCUCCAAGUGACAUUGCCCACACUGGGUAACCCUAACACGAUCGGUGCCGACGACGAGGAACACGGCGAUGAUGAUUUCAACCCUGCUGCGACCGCGACGUCGUCGUCGUUGACGUACGAGAUGGCAGGGAUGUUCACGCCGUAUGCCGUGGGCAAACAAGGUCCGACACAAUCCACGAGGAAACUUGGCACGUCGGUGGGAUGGGAGCAGAAGUGCGAACGUCAUCGCCAGAAACACGGGCAGCAGGAACGCUCGUCGUUGCAUGGACUGCAGCGGCAACUGGCGAAUCCGUCCUUGUCAAUCAACGACAGACGGCGCGUGGAAGUGCAACUCGUGGAAACGUUGAAGGGGAUGUACAAGCGACAGCAAGAGGCACUCAUCAACGACGAGAUUGAACGGGAGCAGAAACGGUGUAUGUCCAUGCGCUUGGAACAGUCCGAUAUGGGCAAGGCGCGACUGAAGCGACAAUUCCAUAGCGAGCGCGAGCAGUAUCGUGGACAGAUCGAACGUAUCAAGGAAGAAUGCAGCAUGGCCUUGGCCGCCACCAUGGCCAAGUUUAACAUGCUCAGAUAGACAGGCCUUGACUAUAUACAUCUGUGACCUUUCGGCAGGUCGUGAUUGAAGAUCUUCAAUACGGAUACAAUUAUCCGGAUAUGGAAAAUACUCGAACAGACAUACAAAUAUCAAGUACAAUACAAC